AUGUCAACAUACGAGGAAAUAAAAGAAAAUUUAAUAAUCCAAAUCGGCGAACUGGAAAUGUUGCAGUCUAUUUAUCCAAAAGAGUUGGUAGUCGCGGAUCAUGGAGUGCUGGUUGAUAUCAACGAGUUUGUCAAGAACCCGAUGCAGGAAAUGCCACAGAGGCUGGAAUACUCCGUUGAGAUACCGCUGAGUAACAGGCCUGUAGAGUUAUUAAUUAGUCUGUCGUCUAAUUAUCCGAAGGAAAAGCCAGAGAUUUACGCGAGGGGCACCUCCUUGGAUCGAAGUCAACAAUUGUCUUUGAACCAGGCGUUGAGCAGCGUCCUUGAACGUCAGGAGGACAACGAGACUUGCAUCCAUGCAUUAAUAACAUGGCUGCAAGACAACGGGGAGGAAUUUCUCAAAAAGUCCAGCAAAUGUUUGAAAAAAAAAUCCAAAGAGAGAAACAACAAACCUACGGAUUUCGCCAGAUACUGGAUAUACAGCCAACAUAUAUACAGUAAAUUUAAAAGAAAAAAGAUAGUCGAUUUGGCGAAGAAUAGCUCCCUCACAGGUUUCUGUCUGGCAGGAAAGCCAGGUGCGAUUUGUAUAGAAGGUCCCAUUGAAGACUGUGACUACUGUUGGCAAGAGAUCAAGUCCAUGAAGUGGCAGCAUAUAACAUUGAAACUGAUCGAGAAGGAGCAAGAUUGUAAAGAUAUAAAAGCGAUACGUAAAUUCCAGAAAUUCGAGGAAGUAUUAUUCUCUGUCCAAGGACGACAGAAUAACAUGGGUCAGAUGUUACAAUAUUUGGCGGAAUACAAGUCUCAACAUACGUUUCGAGAACUGUUUGAUAUUGAAGGAAGUUGAGAACCACUGUCACGGUUCGAUGGUUCAGUGGUACCCAAUUCGCAAGUUCAUCAGAUGAUCCUUCAGGUGUAAACAAUUGUGAACGAACGGAACGAAAUGGAUCAAAUAAAGAUCCCGAAGGUAUCGUGGCAAACACCUGUUUCAUUUAUAGUAAAGUGGAGAACGUGAGAAUUUUAGAUAAAUAUAGUAACAAUCACUCAAUUGGUACUCUCUAUUUAACUGUAACACACCUUAUAUUUACAGAACGAAGUGGGAAGAAGAAAAUUUGGGUAUUAUAUACUCACAUUGCAAACAUAGAAAAGCAGCCACUAACUACAACAGGCUCCCCACUGUGCAUUAAAUGCAAACACUUUUUUAUUGUAACGUUUAUUAUUCCAAAAGAACGAGAUUGCCAUGAUAUAUACCUUACCCUAUCGAAGUUAUCUUGCCCAGCAAGUUUAGAGGAUCUUUAUUGUUUUCAUUAUCAAGUGAACAAAGAUACAUUGCCACAGCACGCAGGAUGGAAUUUUUUUAAUUUACAAAGUGAAUUUCAAAGGCAGGGUGUUCCAAAUGAGGAAUGGUCUCUGACGUAUUUAAAUACAAAUUAUGAGCUUUGUGAUACUUACCCAAAGUAUUUGUACGUACCUAGUAUAUGUACCAAUAGUAUCUUGAUAGGCAGUGCAAAGUUUAGAAGUAGAGGGAGAUUACCUGUUUUAACAUAUUUACAUUCCAAUAAGGCCGCUAUUUGCCGAUGUAGUCAACCUUUGUCGGGAUUUAGCGCACGAUGUCCCGAGGACGAGCAAAUGAUGUAUAAUAUUUUGCGAACAAAUCCUAAUUCUAAAUAUAUGUACGUUGUAGAUACACGACCACGAAUCAAUGCCUUUGCUAAUAGAGCUACAGGAAAAGGAUACGAGAACGAGAACUUCUAUGAUAACAUCAAAUUUCAUUUCUUCGGUAUUGAAAACAUUCAUGUGAUGAGAACAAUACAAAGGACGACGUCAAUGAGCACAUUUUUAAGCGGUUUGGAAAGUAGCGGAUGGUUAAAGCAUAUACGAUCUAUUUUAGAGACUGCUUGGUUUAUUGCUAGAGCAGUUUCGAACGGAGUCAGUGUAGUUGUACAUUGUAGCGACGGUUGGGAUCGUACUGCUCAAGUAUGUUCAUUAAGUGCUUUGUUAUUGGAUCCAUUUUACAGAACAAUUCAAGGUUUCCAAGCACUGAUAGAAAAAGACUGGUUAUCGUUUGGACAUAAGUUCAGUGACCGAUGCGGUCAUAUUAACUGUGAUAAUAAAGAAUUAGCACCAAUUUUUACACAGUUUAUCGACGCAACGUAUCAAUUAUUGCAGCAAUAUCCUUAUAAGUUUCAGUUUAAUGAAUUCUUUUUGAUAACUCUCCACGAUCAUGUACAUAGCUGCCAACACGGUACUUUUAUAGGAAACUCGGAAAAAGAAAGACAAAUUCUUAGAGUAUCGGAAAGAACGUAUUCUCUGUGGGGAUACAUUGCAAAUAAUAUGCAUGAGUAUAUAAAUCCUUUGUACAAAAGCAGUCGUUUUAACGAAGAAACUAGUCCUGUUCUCCAACCUAAAUUGGCACCGCAAUGCAUUAUUUUAUGGCGAGGACUGUACUUUAGAUUCGAAAACGGUAUUCACCCGAGAGAAACGUACGAAGAUUACCUUUCGAUAAUGCAUGAUCAUACUAGUUGCUUAGAAGACCACGUUAAACUCCUUGUAAAGAGAGUCAACUCUUUGAAUUCGGUAUUGAAUUUAAAUAACAUCCAAAAGAAGGGAGUGCAAGAGAAACUAAACUUCGAUAAUAAGUACACGAAGGAUCCAUUAUCUGAAACUAUAAUAGAAAAUACACCGAAUCACGAAGAGAAAGCGAAAUGUAAAAUAAAAAUCAGUCAGUUACAAAAUGAAUUGAAAACAGUUGCCUUGGAUUGGAAGUUAUUUCGUAACAUGGAAGAGUGUGUAUGUUCUACUACGUUUGAUGCAUUUAAUAGAAAGCACCACUGUUGGUCGUGCGGAGAGGUAUUAUGUACAAGAUGCAUGGGUGCACAUACUGUUCUUGCUGGACAUCAUUCACAACGUGCAGUGCCUACUUGUAAGUCAUGUACACAGAAUUCCAGUAUUCCUUCUACUAGUCCCUAAAUUGAUUUUUUUUUUUAAACACUUAUUUAAAUUUGUAAUCUGUACCUAAUGUAUAUUAUGUACGGUCAUUAGAUUAUAUAAUGUUAAGAUGGGAGUAAUAAGAUAAUAACAUAAGUAUAAAAAAAAUUUGAUCCGAUGGAAGCUAUUAAUAGAGAAUUGUACAUUUCACAUUUGUUUUUUUAAUGUGUAUUUGAACCAAAGCAUGUCGAGUUAAAAAAAGAGAGAUAUAUGAGCGUAAAAAAAUAUUGCAAAUACGAAACAAUUUUAUUUUAAUUUAUAUUUAACGCAAAUUGUAUUAUAAUAGUUAUUCUUCUAAGCACAAUCAUACUUCUUCAAAUAAGACUGUUUUUAUUUUAUAUUUCUAUUAUAAGAUAUGUAGAUAGGCAAUGCUUUGUUUUUAAGAUCAGAAACAGUCUUUCAAAAAUAAAAUUAAUCAACUUACUUGUACCAAUUUAAUCUUCUUUUUAAUUUUUUAAUUUUUCAAUUAGAAAAGGAGAACAGUAUAAUUUAAUUGAACUUAAAAAAAAAAGUUUAUAGUUUUUACAAAGUAAAGCAGGAAUUUACUGAACACAAAGAAAAAAGAAAUUUUUCAGAUUGUUUGAUUAUUUUUAGGCAACUUCAAACUUAACAGUUAUAAAUAAUACAUGAUGUGACACAUAAAAUUAUUUCAUUCACAUUGUACACUUUAUUAAACAUAAUAGCAAAGGAAUGAAAUAUUAUUUAAGAAAAAUUGUUACAUUGAGUAAUAUUAUAAAUGCCUGUGAAAAACAGUAACUGAUAAUAUUAACUACGUGGGUCGUUAAAAAAUUAUUUGACACGAUCCACAAACAUUUUAAAAAGAGAUGCAUGUUCUGCUUUGUUGUACAGACAUUGUGAAUAAAUCUAUUCUAUUGUUCAUCUUCCUUUUUUUUAAUAUACAAUAACAAAAGUUACAUUGCUACACAGUAUUAAGGCAUAAAUAGUUACACCGAACAUCAUUCUUACAAAUUUGUUGCUUCUUUUUUUGCUUUUAAAUAUUUAAUAUCAUUCAUACAGGUGAGAAAUAUGCUUCAAUGUGAAAAUUACUUUGCUUAAAAAGUAUGGCUUAAUGGAAAAUUACACAUGAGAACCAAAUACCUAAAUUCAUCUUUAGAUAAAAAUCUGGCUCCUAGUAACAUUUUAUAUAUAAUUAGAUAUUGAAAAAAAUUCAAACUUUCACAAUGGCAAGUGUUCAAGUGGAAUGUGAGUGUUGCAUAAAUACCUUAGUAUUACGAAUUCCUUUAAUUUUAAUUCAUUUUAUUCUUUAUUUGGUUUUCUUCGUCGUGGUCCAUCACCACCUAUUGCUGGGUUAUCCUAGAAGUAAAUUAAAUAUUAAAAUAAACGUUUCAACAAAAUUAUUUUCAUUCUAUUGUACAAAAGAAAUAUUUAUUAACAUUAUCUUCAUGUUCUAUUAUUUCUUCAUUUUCUAU